ACACACACUCCAGUCGAGUAGAGAUGCUCACCUCCUGCUGUUUUUAUUUGCACUGACAUUCCAACAGAAGAGAACUGCAGGUGGAUAAAUUAUAUAACAAUGCCUUCAUCCAUAAGGACGCUAAUGUUGCUGAUCUACGUUUUAUGUGCGUUGAUCUCCGCGCGCUCUGGCGACACCGGAGAAGCCAGACCCUGCUCUGGAUCACACUGCCCGGGGAGCAGAACUUCAAGACCACCUCGACAAUACAACCCGACAACACACAGAAGAUCGAAAAAUCAGCAUGCUCACUCCCUCUUUCAUUCUGAACAUCACGCAGCGCUUCCAUCAUCGCACCGCGGGCGAUCUGGAGACCAGGCGAGAGAAACGCUCCAGACGCGCGUCGCUGAUGUUUUUGGCUCUGUCUGCGCCGAUUGCGUUACGCCUCAAAGAGCAGCUGAAGUUGUUAAUAACACCAGAGAAUGUAAAGGAAUUGAGUGUCGUCAGCCUCUUAGGAUACGACCGAAGCCCCGGCCGAGUCCCUGUGCGGGUGACGGGUGUGUGCCCUGGACCAGCCAGCCUCCCCCCAUGCAUGUUCCAGACAGAGCCGCUCAGUUUCUGGGGGAAUUUCCGGACAUUGGAUAUCCUGCAUCGGAGCUCGGGGCUCCUUUGGGAGUACAGCUCACAUGUGACAUCAAACCAGGAGAGAAUGAGGUCCCUGCAGAGGAUGCACUUAUUCUACACCUACAGCUGACAAAGGGUCAAGAAAUGCUGGUGGAGACUUUGAGAGCUCAACAGGUGGUGAUCCGUGAUCUGCAGCAGAGACUGGUGGAACAGCAGGGUACGCUCCUGUCCCAGCAGCUUGAGAUACUCGAUCAGCAGCGCCGCAUUUAUGAGCAGAUGGAUGUGGUGAAGGCUCAGUAUGGUCUGCUUUCUGAGACCGUCAAGCUGGUGUCCUUCCAAGGGCUGCAGGGAGAGCUGCAGAGCUAUUUUGAAAGCCAUCUGACUGGACUUCAAAACCAGGCACGUAGCCAUCUGCAAAAGUCUUAUGCUGUGCAUAAAGUGGAUGUGGAUACCAAAUUGAUGGAUAUAGUUGGUGAUGCUGGGCACCCAUUGCUAGGAUGCCAGAUUGCUUGUGGACCUGACCAAUACUGUGACUUCCAGAAGGAUCCACCGCAGUGCGAGAGGUGCACCAUGUGUCCCCCUGGAUUCUUUCUUGUGUCACAGUGCUCUCCCACCGCUGAUAGGAUUUGCCAGGACAGGGAUGAAUGCCUGGAAUUACCAAGCCUGUGUGGAGAGCGAGUAAAAUGUCUCAAUACCCCAGGAGGGUUUCGUUGUCUGGGUGUGACUGAGAGAAAGAUUUCCACAGGGCUGUGUGGUCUUGAGUACUUUUACAAUCAGGAACUUCAGGAGUGCCAGGCUUGUUCAGACUGUGAUGGCGAACCUGUUGCCAUUCCGUGCACUGCCACCAGUGAUGCUGUAUGUGGGACCCUGUCUGAUAACAUGCUCUCGCAGUCUUGGGCUGCUUCGAUUGCUGUACCACCAAUAAAAUCAAAGAGUACGUCCAUCUACCCAGGAAUACAGCUCAAUAUCCUUGGCAAAGAAGGGAGCAACUUGCUGACCAACCAUGAUGGUUACCUCAGCUUCCAACAACAUGGAUUGCUCUUGAUAGACCUUAACUUUGCUCUGAAGCACAGCUGCAGGAACUUUCUCCAGGUUGAAAUGCGGCUCAAUGGCAGUGAAGAGGAGGGUCGUGAUCUGAGUGGUGUUCGAAUAGAGCAACCUGAGAGGAAGUUCUUUCAGGGUGUGACUGUUAGUACUGUAUUUGAGGUGGAGCCCAAUCAUACUCUGACAAUUGUUCUGAAGAGUCCUAGCCAACACUGCAACCAGAGUAUAGAUCUACAAGUAUAUGAUUUUGGAGGGUCUUCAUUCAGCUUGCUGUGGCUGUCCCAUGACACUGGCGCUGUGGCCAUGACAGCUCAGAUGUCCACAGCAGCCCACUACCAAAGUAACUAUCGUCCGACCUUCCGUUUGGCCACUGUCUCUGACCCCUACAUAGUGGCACUGACCCAUGACAGCCGUGGGGUGCGUUUCAUGGAGAACGGUGUGGUGAAGUUUGUUCUCCAGCAGGCCAUCUAUUCCAUGGGCCACAUCUGCGUUCGAGAGGGUUUCUUUCUGAUUGCCUACAUCAACCGUAACGGCACCAACCAAGAGGUGAUGCGUUCCUUCAAGUCUGGUGUUAACUACAGGGACACUUCCAUCACCCUUUCUGGGUCCACAAGUGUAGACAAUGGAGACUGGCUCAAUUUCGAGAUUGUCGCCCCAUCUCAGUGUAAUGUCCGCUACUUUGGCGAUAGUUCUGGGAUUAGUAUGCUGAGCUUGAUUUGGAUCCCUGCCACUGUCUCCUCUACUCUCAUGGCCACUGUUUCCAGGACAGGUCUACCCUCUGGGGCUGUAAAGAAUAAACCCUUGCUCUUCAGGCAGAUGAGUCCAAACGCAGACCAGAUGCGGCUUGCUGGUUUAAGUGAGCCACAUGCCCAGAGGAACUUUGUGUUUUCUGAGGUUGGGAUGGCUAGUGUGGCCCUCAACCUAAAGCUGAUACACUCCUGUAAUGUGGUGAAGUUGACCCUUUACAGACAAGGUAAGGAGGGAGGUCAUACUCUGGCCCAACAGGUGAGUGGACAUAUGCCUGAAGGAAGUGGGUGGGCUAGCGUGGGUCUGAGAACUUCCUUUGAUGUCCAGAAUGGCACUGCUAUCUAUGUUUCUCUGGACUGCAUUCGUGGACGAAUCAAUCAGAUCACCCAUGAGGGUGGCACCAACAUCUCCAUUCUCUGGGUGGCUUUAUGAUCCCCAAUAUAUGUUGGGGGAAUCUAACAUAUAAAGGUUUGUAAUGAACAGAUACAGAUUGUUUUAGAAGAAUUUGUGCCUCCACAAGUUUCAGUCACACAAAGGAGAAAACAUUUUCCUUAGUACUGAUCAACUUUCUUUUAUAAUGGCUGAAAUUCACAAGUGCUAUUAAUAAUCUUCUGGUGCUCAUAU